AUGUCAUCAAUAAUAUCUUCCACAAUCAGAGCAGAGGAGGAGAAAUCGUCGGAAUGGUUAUCUCUGAUUUCGUCGCUUCCGGAGGACGUCCUCGUUGACAUCAUAGCGCGUGUACCGAGAUGCGACUAUCCAACACUCUCCCUCGUCUCGAAGCAGUUCCGAUCACUCGUUGCGUCUCCUGGGCUAUACGUGAGUCGAUCACUGCUAGGUUGCACCGAGCACUAUCUCUAUGUUGUCCUCUAUAACAGAGUACCCGGUGGUGAAGGCUGGUACCUUCUCAGCCGGAAAGCCAACGGCAAUAGACGCUUGGUCCUUAUCCCAUGGCUUCCUGCUAACUGCAUCACAAGCUUUGUCGCCGUGGGCUCCAAGAUAUAUGGGUUUGGUAGACUUAGUUAUCAUAAAAAGCAACGGCAGGCAGCGUAUGCCUUAAGCAUCGAUUGUGGAUCUCACACGGUGCAACCUAUCCCGAGCAUGCGUAUACCCUUGUAUGACACAGUCGCUGACAUCAUCGACGGGAGAAUCUACGUAGUUGGAAAUUUCGGUUACCAUCACAGGAUGAAGGUGAUGGUGGUGUUCAAUACAGAAACACAAAGGUGGGGGGAGCCUGCGAUGAUAGAUCCAGGCAUUGAGCUAGGUGACACGUGGACUGCUUGUGUGGUGAUGGCUGGUAAGAUGUACACGAGGGAUUCCAAUAACAGCUUUGUUUACGAGCCAAAGGAAGAUGAAUGGGAAAGAGACGAGAUGCUGAAUUUAAAGAAGUGGGUGAACGCGUGUGUCGUCGAUGACGUAUUGUACUACUUCGAUAGGGCUGAGAACAUCAUAAAAACGUAUGAUCCAAAGCAGAGAUAUUGGGGAGUGGUGAAAGGUGUGGAUGAAUUGUUGGCUAAGACGAGACUUGCAUGGUGGUCAAAGACUACGACUCAAGAUCUCUCCUUCAUAUGA